AUGAUGAUUGAGCUGCAAAGCCCGGAUGAUAGAGGAGGAGGAGGAGGAGGAGGCGUUGGGUACUUGGACAUACUGAGCACAGAGGAGCUUGAGUGUAAGAUCUGCUACUGCGCCUACAAUCUGAACAGCCGCCGUCCGAAAGUGCUCGAUUGCUGCCACCGUCUUUGCGCCAAAUGUCUCACCAAGAUCCUUGACCUUGGUGAGUCGCCUCCGAACGUCGUGGUGUGUCCGUUCUGCCGAUACGUCACCAGACUAUCUGGGCAGGAAGUGAGCAGCCUGCCAGAUGAUUGCAACCUGUUGGCGGCGCUGUCCCUCCGAAGCAGGAACCAGAGGAACCUCCACUUCCACCAGGAGGCGACGACAGAACUGCUCCUCAACCCCCGGCGCCUCAACUCUCUGAUGGGAAGGUCCUCUAACUUUGUGGUGAUCACCAUCAUGGAGCCGCCACCGCCGCCAAUACCCAGAUCCAACCGAGGAGAAGCCCACCAUCACGGAUCGGACUACCGCUCCUCCAGUUUGGACUCCAUGGCGUCCAUCACUCAGAGGUGGACGAUGUGGAAUUGUGCCGCCCUGCUUUGUCAAACCUCCGCCCGAGCGCUGGUGUGGGUUUUGGGGUUGCUGUACUUCAGCUCGCUGCCAAUGGGGGUCUACCUGCUCAUCAUGCAGAAGACCACGGUCGGAGUCCUGCUGGUGAGCCUGGUUCCCGCCAGCCUGGUCAUAAUCAUGGUCUACGGACUGUGCCAGUGUAUCUGCCACGAGCUGUGGGACUGCAUGCCUCCAUAA